AUGCCAGGGGUGCUUUACGAUCCCACCAGCUGCCUGGAAGAAGAAGGAUGGGCCUCCGUCGUCAUAACCCGCGAGGAUGAGGGCGCCGUGACGGCGCGGGAGACCCUGCGUGUGCCGCGUGGUCCGACGAUCGACCGCCCUUUUUCAUGGCCAACUACGCCGGAGGCAUCUGACCUCCUCUUUGUGCAUCCGAUGGCUGGAAAUUGCAUCUUCCUGGAGAAGCUGCUUGGACGGCUAGGCUCCGGCGGCAAUGCUCCAAAGCUGGUCUACGUUGCCAUCAACCCACUCCUGCCGCCUCCGAUGCAGUCUGCACCGGACUUCGACUUGCACUGGAGCAGCUACCAGCAGGUCAGUGACACGGUCCUGGGCAGCCGCCAGGAGGACUUGGAAGCCUGGACGGUCCGCUCGCAACCGAGCCACGUCCUGGCCCAAUGCUCCCUCGCGCAGGCGGCUGCAAUGAUGCGGCGCCGUGGCUACGAGCUUCUCCAGGUCGAGCACCUCUUUGCUGUCUUUGCGCUGGGGGCGUUGGUGUCGGUGUGGCGGGAGGCUCGGUCCAACCACGGUGAGCAUGGAGUGGAGGAUUUCGAGGCCUGGCGUCGGGGGUGGUUUUGCUCACCCGCCGCGCCUUUCCUCCUCUCGCUUGAGCAGGUGCCACGGUUUUAG